AUGUGCGUUGAACUCCACUACGUUUCACUCCGUUUCGUUCAACUGUUUAUGGAUUACAGUAGGUUUAUAGGUUACAGGUGUGUUGAACUCCACUCCGUUUCACUCCGUUUCGUUCAACUGUUUAUAGAUUACAGUAGGUUUAUAGGUUACAGGUGUGUUGAACUCCACUCCGUUUCACUCCGUUUCGUUCAACUGUUUAUAGAUUACAGUAGGUUUAUAGGUUACAGGUGUGUUGAACUCCACUCCGUUUCACUCCGUUUCGUUCAACUGUUUAUAGAUUACAGUAGGUUUAUAGGUUACAGGUGUGUUGAACUCCACUCCGUUUCACUCCGUUUCGUUCAACUGUUUAUAGAUUACAGUAGAUUUAUAGGUUACAGGUGUGUUGAACUCCACUCCGUUUCACUCCGUUUCGUUCAACUGUUUAUAGAUUACAGUAGGUUUAUAGGUUACAGGUGUGUUGAACUCCACUCCGUUUCACUCCGUUUCGUUCAACUGUUUAUGGAUUACAGUAGGUUUAUAGGUUACAGGUGUGUUGAACUCCACUCCGUUUCACUCCGUUUCGUUCAACUGUUUAUAGAUUACAGUAGGUUUAUAGGUUACAGGUGUGUUGAACUCCACUCCGUUUCACUCCGUUUCGUUCAACUGUUUAUAGAUUACAGAAGGUUUAUAGGUUACAGGUGUGUUGAACUCCACUCCGUUUCACUCCGUUUCGUUCAACUGUUUAUAGAUUACAGUAGGUUUAUAGGUUACAGGUGUGUUGAACUCCACUCCGUUUCACUCCGUUUCGUUCAACUGUUUAUAGAUUACAGUAGAUUUAUAGGUUACAGGUGUGUUGAACUCCACUCCGUUUCACUCCGUUUCGUUCAACUGUUUCUAGAUUACUGUAGGUUUAUAGGUUACAGGUGUGUUGAACUCCACUCCGUUUCACUUCGUUUCGUUCAACUGUUUAUAGAUUACAGUAGAUUUAUAGGUUACAGGUGUGUUGAACUCCACUCCAUUUCGUUCAACUGUUUAUAG